AUGAAUCAUUUGAAUUGUUUAGAAAAAAAUGAACUUGACCGUAUCGAAUGUAUAAAAACAGGUACAAUACCUUUAAAAUAUCAGGCUUAUAUCAACUCCGUCACCGCCACUAAUAACAUGUCACAACGUUUACUAUUAUAUAACGAAACGUUAAAGCCAGAGAAAGAUAUCCAUUUCAUAAUAGAACAAUAUCGCACUGGUCCAUUUAUUCCUCAAGUUAUCAUUUUCAGGAAUAAAUACAAUGGAAGCGCUAAUGUACCUCUUGACGAGAAGGCCAAAAAAGAUUUGAAAUGUGUACCGCAAAUUGUGACAAAACUUCUUAGUUAUAUUUCUAAAAGAGUAUUCUUAGGUUGCAUGAAUGAACAUGAUAAAAUGCUCGUAUGGACAAAAAAUGUGCCUUUGGCCGAAAUACAUGAUGUCCGUGAUGAAAUUAAUGAUGGUGGAAAAGUCCGUAUGGGACAAUUGAAAAAACACGUCCCGACUAUUAUUGCUGGAGUAUUAAAGUUAUAUUUUAUGGAAUUGCCAGAGUGUUUACUUACUUUCGAAUUAUAUGAACCUGUUAAACAAUUAUAUUCUAUAAGUUCUGAUGAUCAAGACGAGAGUACACGAAUAACAUCUGUCGCAAAUUUGUUAAUUACGUCUCUCCCCGAUGUAAACUACGCAACUUUGGAUGCAUUUAUUUCACAUUUGCAUCGUCUAAUAAAAUCCAUAAAUGCAGACGAUGAAUAUAUUACAACUUUAUCCCAUAUUACUGGUUUAAUUUUAUUAAGACCAUUAACUGAAACAUCUUUAUUUCUUCAUGAUAAGCAUCCUCAACGAUUGGUUAAAGAUCUUAUAAUUCAUUAUGAAGCAAUUUUCAAAGAUCCAAACACUAAAUUUGUUAAAACUGUUAGACGUUCAAGAAGUCGUGAUUCAAUGAAAUCCUCGCGUUCCCAUAGAUCUAAUAGUUCUGGUACAAUAACUACUAAUGAAAAAAGGAAUAGCAUUUCUUCAAUAUCCUCAAGUCAUAGUAGAGAAAACAGGAAUAGCAUUUCUUCAAUAUCCUCAAGUCAUAGUAGAGAAAGCACAGAUAGUACAUCAACUGUUAAAUUGGAACGUAAACCAAAUAUUCGUCGACAAUCUCGUAUUUUAACAUCUAAUAUUAAAUCAAAAACUCGUAAUGGAUUAGGUUCACCAAAUGAAUACAGAUCAGGUGAAGAAAAGUCAUCAGAUUCUUCAGAAUCUCCUGUUAAUUCAAAUUUCCCUCGAUUAUAUUAUCGUUCAAACUCUCAACCAAAUUCUCAACCAAAUUCUCGACCGAAUUCAGGACAAUUUAUUUCACAAGAUCAUUCAUUUGUCGCUGAUGAUGAUUUAUAUCAGAUUCCUAUUAGUGCAAACGAUGAUUAA